AAUAGACAGUUUUUAGGCUUCACCGCUUUUCAGGGAUGCAGCCAAUCAGAGCCCGUCAGAGAACGCCUGCCUGUGAGGAGGAGGAGGAGGGAAAAAGCGCAGGAGAGACUGCCCUUCUCUGCUACUGCAGAGCUGCGGGGAAGCUGGAGCCUGUGUAUCCCGUGAGCUGAAACAGAAGAAACUUUGUUAAGCUUCAUUUGUACAAAGGAAUACCCUGAGAGACAGACAUGCAUCCACGGAUUUUACGCGUAUUGAAACCGCUCCGUCGUGCGUAAAAACGCAAGAAAUGGACACGUUUGGAAAUGCGGAACCAGCACUUUUGAUUGGAAGUUGGGCUUUUUUUAAAAUUAGGUUGCAUUGACUUUUUAUGCCAUUAGUAGAGGCUAAGAGUGGGGUCUCUGUUCCAAGUGUUUGUUCAAAGUCAAGGAGUCUACAGCUAUGGAACGAGUCGCCGUCUGCGCGCUUCUGCUGCUGGAAGCCACUCUUGUGAAUGCCUGCACCACUCUCAAGUUCACUGAAGCAGGACAGUGCUGCACUUCCUGUCCUGCUGGCUAUGAAGUCCAGGUAGAGUGUGGCAAGGAGGAUACCAAAUGUUCCCCAUGUCCAAAGGGAACAUUUUCGGACUCUGAAGGCUUGGGUCGCUGUCUUCCGUGCAGCAAGUGCCCACUCGGAGUCCCUACUCUGAUGUCCUGCUCAGCCAGUUUCAACACAGUGUGCGAUUGUGACGAUGGCUUCUAUUAUAUGGGCAGGCAGAACUUGUGCGCCCCUUGCUCCAAGUGCAGAAAUGGUACGGGGGUCGUUCAGGAGUGUGGCAUCCGGGGAGACACUGUUUGCCAGACAUGCGGCCCAGGGACCUUCUCAGAAGAGGACUGGACCGAGAAGCCUUGCAAGACCUGCACUCGUUGCUCCAACAGCCAGGUGGAGAUCCGGUCCUGUGAUCCCUCCAAAGACACGAUCUGCAUGGACAGGAGGUUACAAAUACUGCCUCGUCCCACUGGCAGUGAGGACGGGCCAGGCCGACACGAUGAAAAGGAGGAAGAGACUAGCUCCACUUUGGGAACGUUGACCCCAGAGGAAGAGGGCGGCAGCAACAAUAUUCUGGCCUACGUGUCUGUCCUGGCUGCUGUGGUGCUCGGCCUUCUUCUUUACGUUGCCUAUAAAUGCUGGAGGUCUUGCAAACAGAAGCAGGCUCUCUCUAAGGCUCGUGCAGCUGAGUUGGGGACGUCUCCAGAAGGAGAAAAGCUCCAAAGCGACAGCGGCGUGUUUCUGGACUCCUGCAGCCUGCAGGACAACCAACCCAGUAAAGGUACCAAAACAAACGGCAAACUGGACAACCGGCUGUACAUCAACCUGCCCCCCCACAGGAAGGAAGAGGUGGAGCGCCUUUUACAAGAGGGAGGAGGCCGGGGUUGGAGGCACCUGGGCUUGGCUCUGGGCUAUGAGUCGGAGCAGCUGGACCCCUUCGGGCACGGGGAGGCCCCGGCGCACACGCUGCUGUCUGACUGGGCCCAGAAAGAAGGCUCGUCUCUGGGACUGCUGAGCUCGGCGCUGGCCCGCAUCGAGAGGCCCGACGUGGUGGCAGCUCUUACCUGCCCCUCACAGGGCGUGUCUGUGGUCUGACGGGGGGUCUGCUCCUCCGGCAAACUUGAUGAAAACUUUGAUAUGAAAAGGGAAGCACUCCGUUUACAACUUUUUAUAAAAGCUGCCACUUAUUAUGAUUUUUUAAAAUAACUUUUUGUCACAAAAAUGUAAAAAAAAAAAAGACUUUUUUUUUCUUUUUUUAUCUUCUUCUUAUGAGAUAAUUUGCCUUUUGAAUGAACUCACGAAUCAAAUAGCUGCAGGAACUUUAUAGACUGACCACUGACAGUAAUCCAUCUGAAACAUGGCGGACUGACCCAAAUACCAUCAGUUAUAUGUUUUUCUUUCCGAGUAUAUACACCAAUACCACAAAGUUUUAGUCAUUACCUGAGCAAAAAUAAUUAUUCCAAAUAAUGUUGAUGAUAUAACAAGCAUCCAGUUUGUUGAACUCAAGCACAACAGUACAGUUCGUACAGUCCACUGAAGUUUGAAAAAAGGAUGGACUCAAGAAAUCCAUUUAAAUGCUAAACUUUUUUUAAGUAUUUCCUCAGUCUCAUUUACAUAUUUUAGAUUCACUGUGUAGACUGGACUUUACUUUUUGUGUUUGUAAAUCCUGUAGCCACAGGGCAGCUGUGUAUUUUUGAUUAACCCCGAGGGUCAAUCGAAUUCCAGUCAAAUAUCACAACUCUUUAAUAAAAGACCAAAAAAAAAAAAAAACGCAUCUCUGAUCCUAUUCAUGUGAAUAACAUUGUGUUGGUUUCAUCUGCAUAAGUCAGUAACAUUGUAGAGAAUUUCUCAUGUUCCAGGUUAUGACCUCCAUUGUGACCUUUAUGUGUUUCAUUCUCUGAAUUCUCUCAUAACUGGAGAUUUUUUUUUCAUUUUUAUUAGCAUUGCUCAAAAAAUGGGGGCUUAAAAAUGAAUGCUUUUCUGCAUGUGUUACUUAUUGAAAAACUCAAAUGUUGCUUCAGAUUCUCAUUAAAACUGUCAUAUUUGA